UCUCGGUCGUUGGAUGAAGCUUGGACGGUUUCGAUCACCCCGACGGCUGACGCUGCAGUCCCCACUGGGUUACUGGACGCCUGCCUGCACCCGGUUCCCAGCUUCCCACUAGUACUUGACUCGAAUCAUCCCCUCUGGCCUCUCCCCCAGCCCUGUCCUCCCCACCCCAAUUUGUCAGCGCCGGCGCGAGCACGUCGCCGGCGCCCUCCUCCUCCAGGCUCCCAGCUCCCGCCUGCUCUCGAGCCGCCGGCCACGGGGCCCGGUUCUCCUUCCACCGGAGCACCACGCCCCCCUUCGAAUUCGUCGUCCUCUAUCUGUCUCCUGGCCGUUCCCCUCCAGCACAUACCUUGGGUUGGUACUGCAAGUGCAGAUCCAUCCGGACUUGGAAACUUCGAUUGCCUUCAUCUUCGCCUGCUGAUCGUAUGAUUGCGAUGAAGCCUGACCAAGUACUGUCUUGGAAACAAAUUUCAACAUUGAUCAAUCACGUGGAGCAUUAGGCGGCCACUCGUUACCUUGCAACUCGAGAGGAGAUAGCAAAGUGAUUUGCUAUCUCCUCGUGACCCUUGCCUGCAAGGCCCAGUGAUGGCAGAUGCUAGUUCAAGGACUGACACAUCGACUGUUUUAGACGACAACGACAAGAAUCAGAGGAUACGCUCAACGAAACAUUUGCAGAUGGAAAACGGACAAAUUAUGGCAGCUGCGCCUUCUAAUUCAUCAGAUAGGUCUGAUAGGUCCGACAAACCUUUGGACCAAAAGACGUUGCGACGGCUUGCCCAGAAUCGUGAGGCAGCAAGAAAAAGUCGGCUGAGGAAAAAGGCAUAUGUGCAACAGCUAGAGAGCAGUAAGCUGAAACUUGCUCAAUUGGAGCAGGAGCUCCAGAAAGCUCGCCAGCAGGGAAUAUUCAUUUCCAGCUCUGGCGACCAAACCCAUGCCAUGAGUGGAAAUGGAGCGUUGACUUUUGACAUUGAAUAUACUAGAUGGCUAGAGGAGCAAAAUAAGCAGAUAAAUGAGUUGAGGACUGCAGUGAAUGCUCAUGCAAGUGAUAGUGACCUACGACUUAUUGUAGAUGGCAUAAUGGCACAUUAUGACGAAAUAUUCAAGGUCAAAGGUGUUGCUGCAAAGGCUGAUGUAUUUCAUAUACUUUCAGGCAUGUGGAAGACACCUGCAGAAAGGUGCUUCCUGUGGCUCGGGGGUUUUCGUCCAUCUGAACUUUUAAAGCUCCUAGCGAAUCACCUCGAGCCCCUAACUGAGCAGCAAUUGCUGGGAUUGACCAACCUCCAGCAAUCUUCCCAGCAGGCAGAGGAUGCGUUGUCCCAGGGCAUGGAGGCAUUGCAGCAAUCAUUGGCAGAGACUUUGGCUGGAUCUCUUGGUCCAUCAGGUUCUUCAGGCAAUGUGGCAAACUACAUGGGUCAGAUGGCCAUGGCCAUGGGCAAACUUGGGACACUUGAGAAUUUUCUUCGCCAGGCUGACAAUCUGCGACAGCAGACAUUGCAUCAAAUGCAACGGAUUCUAACGAUCCGACAGGCUUCUCGUGCUCUUCUUGCUAUCCAUGACUAUUUUUCUCGGUUGCGUGCUUUAAGUUCCCUGUGGCUUGCUAGGCCACGUGAAUGACCGAGGAUAGUCACUGUGUUGAGUUCCCGGAGCUGCUGUGAGGAAUCAUAUGGCGUUCUCGUUCCCGACGACGCAUUGCAAACCAUUGGUGACUUGGUUUUUGAUUGUACAAUUACUUUUAGCUGCUGCUCGGUCCAAAUUGUACUUAAGUGAUGUACAAGUAGGUUAAUCCUGUAAGUUAUGGUGAUUUAUGGGUGUAUUAGCAAUAAUGAUUAGAGAAAUCAGGAUCAGUGUUGUGUUGUUUGUAAUGGUUAGAAAUUUAGUCGUAAAUGUAACUCCUGGGACAUGGGGGGCAGAAUGGGAAGAGUAAUAAGAGUCUCCCGUUGGUUAUUAUGUUGCAUCUCA